CAAACCAUGUCCUCGCAGUACACGCGUGUCCCAACCGAGGACACCGGCAACCUCUAUACGACGUUGCCGCUGCCACAUGACAACCCCUCGACCAACCACCACCUGGCCGAUCCGGAGGACUACGCCGGCGGCGACAAGAAGAGCUCCUCCUCUGCCGGGGGGGCCUCCUCCGAUGCGCUGACCCGGAGCAAGUGGUUCUACCCGGUGCUGGUGCUGUGCUUCAUCCUCAUGGUGGUUGUCGGUGUUCUGCUGGCACUGAUCUUCACGCGCCCCUUCUCGGAUGGCAACUCCCGGAAGUACGCCCACCUGAAUGGCUACUGUGCCGAUGUGCCGGCCAUCACGGAGACCGAGUUUGCGGACCGCCGCGUCCGCCUGUCCAAUGAGAUGGUCACCAGCGGCGUGGAUGUCCUCGUCACCGAGGCCGGCAGCACCAUGCUCUACAUGGCCGGUGCCAAGUGGAAGCGCAGCGAGCGCCCCUUCCUGGCGGUUCUGUCGCGCCUGGGCCGGCCAGCCGACGACCCGGGGUUCGAGUAUUUCUUUGUUUCGCCGGCCUUCGAGCAUGACAAGGCAUCCGAAGUGGUCAAGGGCGCGGCGUUGGUUUACUACCAGGAGGACGAGUCGCCCUAUCUGGCCCUGGCCCGGCACUUGGGCCUGGACCCGGAUGCCGCCGACCCGCCGACCGCCGCCGCUCGGAUCCAAGUCGACCGUGACACGCGGGGGUUCGUCUAUUUCGGCAUCGCCGGGGCCCUUGCCCCGGGCCAUGAGCUGGUUUCGGACACCGGGCUGGUUCGCGCCGUGCGUGGCGUCAAGUCCAAGGCCGAGGUGGACAUCAUGCGCUGCGCCAAUCUGGCCACCAAGGCCGCCAUUCGCGCCGUACUGGAGGACGUCACGGCCGGGACCACGCAGGCCGAGGUGUCGGCCGAGAUCGCCGGCGCCCUGUCGGCUGCCGGCCUGACCAACACCUGGUCGAUUGCCCUUUAUGGCCCGAAUGCCGCGGCCCCGCAUGGCAUCACCGGCAAUGCCGGGCUCAAGCUCACUCGCGGCAUGAUGAUCCUGCUGGACGCCGGUGGCGAUCUUCUUGGCUACCAGUCGGACAUCACUCGCACGGUUCGCUGGCCGCUCGGGACCCUGACCAGCGAUGAUGGCCCGGAGCAUUACGACCGGUCGACGCUCAUCUGGAACACCGUGCGCCAGGCGCACGAGGCCGCCGUCCGGGCCAUCCGCCCGGGCGUUCGGGCCACCGACAUUGACGCGGCCGCGCGUGAUGUGGUCGAGGCCGCUGGCUUCGGCUCCGACUAUGAGACCUUCACCCACCGCCUGGGCCAUGGAAUUGGCAUCGACGGCCAUGAGGAUCCGUACAUGAAUCGCGGCAAUGAGGAGGAGAUCCGCGUGGGGCACUGUUUCUCCGUCGAGCCAGGUCUUUACCUUCGUGAUGAGACCGGCGUCCGCAUUGAGGACAUUGUCUGUGUCGUCAGUGAGACCGCUCCUUACAUCGAGCUCUUCGGUGCCACCUCCGACGACGUGCUCAACCCUUUGGCCCUUCACUAGAAGAACAGAGGACGCCGCGAGAGCCAGCAGGCCCGCCAAAGGCAUCCCCCUGACGCCAUAUCGCCCGGCAGCUGGGCCGAGGACGCUACGCACUUGAAUACACCACCACAGCCGGGUGCCUA